UUUCCUCUUCGCCCCCUCCUUAUUGAAAUCUGUAAAAAGUUUCAUAUUUUGCCCGGUCAACUUACUCCAAACGCUCACCGGUUCUUAAAUUGUUUUGUUAAUAUUUGUGAAAAUCUGAAAAUCAACCCUUCCCUUGAGCUUUUCCUCCACAUGUACGAAGUCUUGCCCGGGACUAGUAACUGCCCGGGCUUCGUCUAUUUCCAUUCCCGCAAUAAGAGGGGGUUUGUGACCGGUCUUCCCCCCAGCCAUAAGAGAUGGAAACAAAGAUUCGUUUUCAUUGAGUUUCCCUCUGACCAAUUUCCUUUCACUAACCCUGAGUGGGCUGACCGGGUAAUAAAACCUGAAAGGGUUCACCCGGAGCCUACCCCUGAGCUUGAAGAUGCCUGCGAGAAACUUCUCAAGGGUGAUCCUGUAACCGAUAAGCCAUACGCCUACGGUGGAUGGGUAUACCGGUUACCUAACCCGGAUGGGGGUGAAUCUGCGACCCAUGACGCAGAAGAUGACCGGGCAAACUCCCCGGAUGGUCAUGCUGAGGCCAGUUCUCCUCGUCCAGACAUGAACUUCAACAGGAUGACCACCAUCAUUGAGGAUGAUGACGAUGAUGUCCAAAGCCAAAAACUGAACUCUCCUCCAGCCACCCAUCUCUUUGAAAGUGACCGGGUCCCUUAUCCCAAGAAGGAUGUCAAGGCCAAAGGGAAGGGGACCGGUCAUUCUUCUUCUCAGAAAAGGAAGAGUUCCCACAAGACUUCCAGGGGGGAAAGGAGGAAAAAGGUCAGGCUAUCAGAUCUAGAAGGGGAGUCCAUUGAAGUGACAUUUUUAUCCUUGGCCCAGAAACUCAGCAAGGUUGGAGUUCUAUCCGAAGAAGUUGGCCGGUCACUCCUGGAGUCCAAGGACCAGGUCUCCGAACUUACCCUGCUUCUUGAUUCUGCCAAGUUGGAGAUCAAUGACCGGGCCGAGAGGGAGAAGAGACUUGAAGAGGAGCUGAAGGAAGAGAGGGCCAGGCUAGAUGAGGAAAGAGCCAAGCUAGUGGAGGCGAAGAGGAAGUUGGUAGAGCUGGAGGAUGCCUUGGCCCAAGCUGAAGAGACUGCCCGGUCAAAGGAGCAAUCCUUUCCUGAUGAUGCUGCACGAUGGGCGGCCGGGCAUCAUGUCGAGACUGCCCGGUCCAUUCUAGUUGGGCCAGAGGAGACAAUGGCCUUCUUCAAGACCAUGUACAAGGAGCCGGAGGGAAAAAAGAUGAUAACCGAUAUCGGUUCAUAUGGUUUCCAAUGCGGUUAGAAGGAUGAGAGGUCACUCCUCUACUCCAGGCUUCAGAAGAGGGACCCUUCCUUUGACCCGGCCAAAGUGAAGCUUCCAGCCCUGUACGAGGAAGAGCCGGCUCCCCCCUUUCCCCUUGAGUAGGUUAGGGUAUGUUU